CCUUCACUCUGUUCCCUCAGUAUCUGGAGCCUCAAGUGUGUGCGCGGUAGCAGGUUCCCUUCUGAGGGAUCGGGGGGAGGGGACGCUAUCCGCACAGUCCUGCAGCUGCUGCCUCCUCCCUGGGUGUUGCAUACGGGGAGAGCUGGGCUGGUGCCCAUCGCUGCAGAGUGAAUAGCGCCCUCCCCCCACGCCUGUGAAUGGGGCUGAGGCCAGGCUCACCAGACUGCCAUUGCCAGGACAGCGCUACUUUCGAGAUGGCUGCUGAGGAAUCCCAACCCUUGUUGAGCUCCAGGAAGCCAAGUGAGCAAUGGCUGCUGCCUGCUGAGAGCGUCCCUGUCCUGGAUGUCUACCUGAGCAAAGUCCAGAACAGAAAGCUGUAUCUGGCCACCUUUGCUGCUCUCUUGGGACCCCUCAGCUUUGGAUUUGUCCUAGGUUACAGUUCACCAGCUAUUCCCGAUCUGAAGAAAAUUAGUGACCCUAAAUUAAGAUUAGACACCAAUGAAGCAUCAUGGUUUGGGUCUGUAGUAACAUUAGGAGCUGCUGCUGGAGGAAUACUGGGAGGCUGUAUGGUGGAUAAAGUUGGGAGGAAGCUGAGUUUGAUGCUGUGCUCAAUACCAUAUGUCUCUGGGUUUACAAUUAUCAUAUCUGCCCAGAAUGUCUGGAUGCUUUACAUUGGACGAAUAUUGACUGGGUUAGCCAGUGGCAUUACUUCACUUGUUGUUCCAGUGUAUAUUUCUGAAAUAUCCCACUCAAAAAUUCGAGGAACACUUGGCUCAUCUGUUCAGCUGAUGGUGGUGACUGGUAUACUAGGAGCUUAUGUUGCAGGAAUGGCACUCAGAUGGCGCUGGCUGGCUGUGCUAUGUUCUUUCCCACCUUGCAUAAUGCUCGUGUUCAUGUCCUUCAUGCCUGAAACACCUAGGUUCCUGCUGAACCAGAAAAAACGCACUGAAGCUAUGGCUGCUUUACAGUUUCUGCGGGGAUCAGAGGUGGACCAUGAAUGGGAAUGCAGGCAGAUUGAAACCCAUGCUGAGGAGCAGCACAGACUAAGUGUUGCUGAAUUUAAGAAUCCAUCUAUCUACAAGCCAUUUCUUAUUGGUGUGGCACUGAUGUUCUUCCAGCAAGUAACAGGGAUUAAUGCAAUUAUGUUUUAUGCAGAAACUAUAUUUGAAGAAGCUAAUUUCAAGGACAGCAGAAUGGCCUCUGUUGUUGUGGGUUCCGUACAAGUGUUUUUCACAGCUGUGGCUGCACUUAUUAUAGAUAAAACUGGGCGAAAAGUACUGCUUUCUCUUUCAGGGGUCAUUAUGGCUAUCAGCACUGCAGCAUUUGGGCUGUACUGUAAAGUGAUCCUUCCAAACCCUCAGAAUUCAUCACAAUCUGACUUAUUGACUACACUAAAUUCAGCAUCUGUAGCAGCAGAAAACAAUCUAGCAUGGUUGGCUGUAGUGAGCUUGGGGCUGUUCAUCACUGGUUUUGCCCUUGGCUGGGGUCCCAUUCCGUGGCUGGUGAUGUCUGAAAUAUUCCCACUUCAAGCUAGAGGGAUAUCCAGCGGUGCCUGUGUCUUAACAAACUGGUUUAUGGCUUUUUUAAUAACCAAGGAAUUUCAUGAUCUUACAGGCUUCCUGACGUCCUAUGGCACUUUCUGGCUUUUCUCUGUCUUCUGUAUUCUAAAUGUAAUCUUUACUGUCCUGUAUGUGCCUGAAACAAAAGGAAGGACAUUGGAACAAAUAGAGGCUCACUUCCGAAGAUCACCUGCACCCUGAGGAGGUUUACCCUGUAGGAAAGUUUCCUAUUAGGUUACUGUUAGUGUUAUUGCCUAAACUUUUCCAAGAAACAUCCUCUGGGUUAGGAGGCUGCACGUGAAUUCAUGAUGUGGUUAAACAUGGUUUAAAUCAAUUUCUAAUCAAUUUUUUGUUAACUUUGGCAAAAAUCUGAAUUGCACUGUGGAGAACCAAAACAUUUUUCUCUUAUGCAUGUACGCAUUCAGCUUCUUUCAGGUUUACAAAGCAGCAGGUUAUGCUAAUUCACUGUGAUAUGUGAGUUCUCUCCUUUUCCCAGGCCUUGGAGCUUCAUUUAGACUGUCACUGUUUUUCUCUUUCCAAUAUUCCCUUUACCUACUGUAGAUUAGUUAUGAAGGCUGAAUAACUGCUUUUAAUGGAUUAGCUGGUAUGCUGUUGUCUCUUAUUGCCUGACCUGCAUUAACUUCAUACCCUAUUUUGAUUCUUCCACUGUCAUCAUCUGUGCUUGUAUGGGUUGUGGCCUGACUACUGAACAAAGUCCAGGCCAUUGGUGAGCACAACAGUCCUGUAACUAAUGCACUAGCCCUCUUCUGAUGUUGUGUGCUUGAUAAAUUGCUGAACAUCCUCUAAGAGCCCUAAUGUCAGGAGGGGGUUUGAGCACCUCAGGGAAAUAUAUCAUGAUAUGUAGUUGUAGUCUUGUGGGAAAAGCAGGCUAAAAUAGAGCAUCUUCAAAUUUCAAAUAAGUAUCUUCAGAGGUGCUAACAGGUGGAAGGUGUGUGGCUUCUGCUCAGUUUGCCAAACUGCUGAAAAAGCUUUUGGGCCUUGGAGGAAAAAAAUACUACUUAUACAUCAGAAACCCUAAUCAGCUGUUCAGUUAUGAGACUGUUGCUGUAUUUACUUCUCUUGUGUGGGAGACUUCCAUCUCAGUACAGUUGGCCAUUAUGACUAGAACCCUAUAAGCAAGACUAGCCCCACCUUGCUACUUGAACUAUACACAUUUUAUGUAGUACUUUCUUAACAGCUGCUGUUGAUACACUGUUCUGUUUCCAUAACAUUUGCUAUUAUUGUCUAAGUAGCUUACUAAACACUUUUUACAAGAACAUAACUAUCUUAAAGAAAUUUGUCAAUGUAAAACAACUGUGGUUGACAGGGGUAGUCAUCUAAUGGAAAUAUCUCCUAUUUCACUGCUUUUCAAAAGGACAUAAGGGUCUCCUGCCAUUCUGGGAAAGCACAAAGAAAAUAUUUCAUUGUAGUGUCUAGAUUACACAAUUAGAUUUUAAGAAACAGUUUAUCUAAUCAGAGGUACAUAUAAGUAGACUCUCCAUUGGAGUUACUUUGUUUGCAUAACUAACAGUCUUAUAAAAGCCUGAGCUAAAGAGCCAGCUAGCAAUGAUACUGAAGAGGCCGCUCUCAUUAGUGGGACAGAACAGAGUAGCUAGAUAGAGGGACAGAGAAGUAGCACUAGUGACACUUUUGCACCAGAGGUGGAAUGGCUGAUAUGAAUGGAUGACUGUGGUAUAAAGUAAAAAAUACUUCACCAUCUGGUUAAGUAUUAGCCAUAUUUUAUAAAUGGGAAAACUAGAAGCACAGAAAGGUUACUGGACUUGUUCACCGUUGCAGAGUGAAUCUGUGUUCAAGCCAGGAAUAGACCUCAGCCCUCCAUGUCCUGUGCUCAAACAGUGCCAUCGCUACCAAUUUUCUGCUAGAUAAAAAAAAAAAGUUGCAGUGGUCUCAGGCACUAGGUUCUGCCUGUAUCUUAGUCACACGAUGGAGAGCAGGGGCAGAGAGGACCUAAUGGCAAAGAAGAUAAUUAAGUAUCUUUCUUUGCUUGAAUGAGGUCAUCAGGCACAAGGCUACUGUGUCAGAUCUAUAGUGCCAGAGCUUCCCACUUGACUGCUGCACAGAAAUGCCUUCAAAGAUCAGGUGCAUUGCACCUGUCAGCCUCCACAUCAAACAGACUCAUUUAAUUUGACCCCUUCCCUUUAAACAUACAGUCCCUGUCUGAGCAGAAAUCGAGUUUGCCUUCUGAAACCAUCAAAGCACUGAAGGCACAGAAUGGUCAUAUACUUAAGUUGCAAACAAAUGUUGCAUGCGCAGGCCCUUACUACACAGGGCCAGAGAGAAAUUUAAGACUGGGGGGAAUAACUGGCUGAAUAUUGAGUAGGGGACAGGCCCUAUUGCUGAUCCAGGCAGAUAAACUGGCCACAUCUGUUUAACUAGAAAUAAAAGUACGUUUCCCUUUGCUAUGACAAUACAAAUAAUCCUAUAACAGUCUCACCAGCAUGUCAAGUCUGUCUGUCUAGCUAACAAAAGCCAAAACUAGUGGUACUAGCUACACAUUUCACCUUUACAGGCCUUUUUGCAGCGCUUCACUCAAAAGUUACUAUUUCUAUUACAUUUAGCUAUUUAGGGCACCAUUGGCACUGUACAAACUGAGGUAGGCAUAGUCCCUUCCCCACAGUUCAGGAUUCCACCUCAAGGAAGCAUUCAGGUUGUUACAUAGUGUUAAACACACAUUGCAGCAUUAUUCUUGAGUCAGUCUGACUAAUAUAUAAAAUAUAUGCAUCAAUUUUUUAUUUCAAGCACUUUAAAUAAAUCCAUCUUAAACACACAGCCUUUGGAGACCUUCCAACCCAACCUGCAUUUAAGAGCUCAAAUGUGUCUCAAUGGGCAAUGAUCCUUUACCCGCACCUGGAAAACCAUGGGCAAACAGGCACAUAUUUUCAGUGAAUAGCUUAAUUAAAAGGUAAAGGGCCCAGGUCUCCUUUCAUUAACAUCAGUGUAACUACUGACUUCAAGGGCAUUAGACUGGUGCAAAUCAGGAGUAACUGAGAGGAAGGUCAGGCUGUAGGCUUGCUAAACCAUUCCUGGAAAACGAGAAAAUGCUGGCUGAGUGAGAGCUGUACAGAUGUAGCAGGAUGCUAUGAAUGUUCAGUGUGUGACUAAAGUAAAAAAAUCAGUGAGUUAGAGACUUGACAGGGAAGUAAGACUGGACUGGAAAUUCUUUAGCAGUACAGCCAAUUGCUGGAUGGGCCAGAAAGUUGAUUUCUGCUAGCAAUAAAAGGCAAAAACAUCACAAAGGGAUCAAAUCUGUCAGCAAACCCUACAACUGCAGCUUUCCGUAAAGAGCUGUACAUUAGCCGAGUCAGUAAAAUGUGCAAAACCAAUCAAAUGCAGCAAAUAUAGUAUUUGUGGCCACAAGCUAGAAAUGAAAAUAGAAGCAUGUGACAAACAGAAAGGAGCAACUCUAAACAAUGUGACAGCAGAAACUGAAACAGAACUUAACUGUAGUGCAAAGUAUGAAUGCGUUUACGAAGACUAUCUAAAAUAACAAGACUUAGACACACGCACGCACACACACACACACGAGUCUGGGAAUGAGAGGUGCCAAAGCAGAGACAUCUCCCUGUGCAGAACCCUGCCAGUGAAUGUGGGGGGAGAACAAAGAAUAUUACUUUAGACACCCUUCAGUGCAGGAAGGGCUUCUGUUCAAACCCUGCUGAUACAUGUCUUCUCCUCUGAACUGACUAACAACAUCUCUUAAGGAAAAAAAAAAAUCCCAAAACACUUUAACAGGGACUCAAAGUUGCCCCUUAUGAGAAUAGCGCCACUCCUUCCAGACUACAGAAGAAUGACCAACAUAAGUCAGAACUUGGAGAAACUACCACCUUUGAAAAGGAAAGAAAACCACUGUCCAGUGAUUCAUUAGUAAAUGCCAAGGAAACAAUAGGCUCAUGUCAAAUUUCAUAAAUAUUUAUUACAGCUCAAUGAACAAAAAAGUACCUGCUGCUCCUUCACAACAAUGGCCUGUUGCUCUUAAAACAGCUUUAGUUAUUAUAGUAAUGGUUCCCUUUCUUUACAGGCUACAUUCAAAACAUGGUACAUAUACAUUACUUGCAAUUAAAAACAGUGGCAAUACAAUAGAUUUUAAGACACUUGGUGGUAGUUAAUUUUUAGAUCAAAAGGUUCAGCAACAGUCUAACAGUACAUAAUCAUUGAGGUACAUAACCCACUGCUAACAUUCAAGCACUUCAACAAAAAAAAAAAUCAGGGU